GAAGUCAUCCUACUCUCAACCAUAAGUCACUUUCAUUCAGAGCCUAUCCCAACUCUGUGUCGUCAACAUCUACGAAAGUAAAAAUUCCAUAAAAAUACUUUCUCAAAAUGGAUAUAACCCGAAACCUCCUUUUGCCCACCUGGCGUCCUCUACUGCGGGCCAUUCGUGGGCCACGUUCGUAUAGUGACAGUGCAGUGGCAUCCCUGCUCAAAUUCCCUUCGGUCACGUUGGAGGAAGGAAAGUCCAAAUAUGUGCUGUCCCACGUUUAUAUCCAUGGUAUGAUGGGCCAGGCCAGGCAGGUGAUUCGCAGCUGCCCCAGAGCCAAGUACCAUUUGAAUAUCUAUGAAACACUUAAAAAGGAGGCCAACAAAUUGGGUUUGUGCACCCAGGGCCUGGGCGGCGGCUAUAUCGAAUAUGAUCCGCAGAAGAAAUACAUUAAGGUCUAUGGCAAAUCGGGAGUCUUGGGCAAGGCCGAUCAUAAGAAGUCCCAGGCCAUUUUGCAUAAGGCUUAUCCAGACGUUAAGAUCGAUGCAGAGCGCGGGAGUAUGAAGCCCUAAGCAUAUUAUUUGAAUAGAAUUUCCAAAUUCAAUGUUUGAACAUAGGCUUGAAUCAAAUUAAAAACGUAAUGAUUCCGGGACUGAUUCAA